AUGCCUUUAAUUCCAAAGAGUUUUGGGCGACGCAAGUCGACAGCAAAUGCAUUGGAUAUUCCCGAACCUCCCGUCGAAUCGUCCUUUAAGGUUUUCGAGCGUCCUCAAGCUGGGGGUCAUAAGUCCGGUCCAUCUUUCGACGGUGGAGUAAAAUUUGCUCGAGCAAGCGGUACAGCUGAUUCGCACAAGGAGGACAAUCUUUUCGAGGGCAUGAAAGUUAAUACUGUCAAUCGUGGUAGUGGAGCGUCAAAUACGAACACCGCAUCGACCACAGAUAAUUCUUCAAGGUUAAGUGCAGCCUCUACUGCCCCUUCAUCGAUGGAGACACCUGGCCACGAAGACUGGAGAACACCACACGAUAGACAUAGCGACGUUCCCCUUCCGCCGCUACCAAAGACAUCGUCUGGAUUUUCGCUGAAGAACGCUGGAAGAACACUCUCUUGGGGUAGAAACAAAGCCACUCCUUCUCCAUCAAAAGUAUCAGACGAACUACCACCUUCCCCAACUAUUCGCGACGAUAGCGCCUCGAGUCGAACGCGCGCGGUAACUGCAUCCAGCUACGCAAGCACGGCUACACCACCAAAACUCGGGGAGAGAGAUUUAGAUCUGACAAUGGGUGACGAUUUUGGAGAUAUGUUUGCUGGAAUGGCGCACCGAAGGAGUGCUCCUCUAGAUUCGCCUGGCGUCAGAGGAUUUACUAAGAGCCCUGAAAUACUCCCACCCGAGAAGUCGUACUCUGCUAAUCGUGCUAACCAACCUUCCCCCCUUAUACUUGACAAACGCAAGACCAUCGAAGACCCACCAUAUUCUUGGGGAUCAAAUGAUGGACUCAUGAAAAAUACUAGUCCACCUCCCGUGGUCACUCGUAAUAUGGGUCCUCCUGCUCACCAACCUCCUCCGGUUCCAAGACAUGGUCCUUUGCAUCAAACUGAUGCAAAUCAAGCCAUCCCAAGACCACGUUCAAGUGCGCCUCGCCCCGACUCGACACUUAAGAGAAGCAGUGCUCUUUCCAUGCGCCGCCACUCCACAUUGGAAUUUGAUGGCGUCGACGAGGACGCUGCACUCCUGCGCGAGUCUGUCAAUGCGAGCAGACAUUUCGGUGAAGCACCAAGUAAUCCUCAAGCUCGAAAAAGCUGGGCACUCCCUUCUCAAGCAGCAUAUAACGCCAAGGCGACUGCAAAGACACAGCUCCUCGAGCCAGAGGAAGAUGAAGAUCUUUUUGAAUCCGCCGAUUUAGCUCAGCAAUUCCAGGAGAGGUCAGAAUCGCCCCCUCCUUCGAGGCAAGCUCCAGUAAACAAGGUUAUGACACCGGCCCAAUUCGAGCGAUACAGACAAGAUCAAGAGCGUUUGAGAAGCGUUGGGGGGCGCCCGAAAGAUGAAGAAGCUGAGGAGGAAGAGGAAGAGACUUACGAUGACGAUGAGGAUGAAGCAGAGAAGAGCAAGAACGCUGCCAAGCAACGACGAAAGCAGGAGGCUCACAUGUCAGUAUACAGACAACAAAUGAUGAAAGUCACCGGAGACUCGACACCUUCGCCAGGCCCAUCCCGACCUUCAAUGUUUAGCAGCCAAAGUACUCCCAACUUGGUACUCGACGGUGCGACAGAGGAUGGAGAGGAGGAAGAUGAAGAAGUUCCUUUGGCCAUUCUUGCUGCUCAUGGAUUUCCAAAUAAGAACAAGCCACCUACAACCAGACUAACUAGCAUGGGAUCAAAUCCUAAUCUUAGAGGUGCUGCUCAAGGUGUUCCAGGUAUCGGGGGACCCUUGCCUGUGUUUGCUCGCAACUUACCUCAAGACCCCUAUGUUGGUGCAGGUCUCGUUUAUCCAGCAAAUAGAGAGUCGCUGGCAUUCGGGAAUGGUGGCCCAGGUUCUAUCAACGGCACUCCAAACAGAGGCGCUCCUCCAGGAGGUCUCGUAGGUGUCAUUGCCACGGAAGAACGCUCCCGAGCGGCGCGAAGAGGAAGCCCAAACCCUGGAUAUGGCCAGAUGCCUCCUGGCGGCUUCACUGGUAUGGCACCUCCACCAAUCAUGGGACAGAUACCCAUGGGAGCGGGUGCAUUGGGUAUGGGCCAGAUGGGACCUAUGGGCGGAAUGCCUCAGCCAAUGCUCACUCCUGGUGACCAAGCUCAGAUCCGGAUGACGGAACAAAUGCAAUCAUUUAUGCAGAUGCAGAUGCAAUUUAUGCAAAUGAUGGCAACAAACCAAGGUGGACAAGGUACCCCACCCCCCAGUGGCGCGCCACAGCUUGGUCCACUGGGUCAAUUGGGACCAAUGGGUCACAUGUCUCAGCCAAACUUUGGUGAGAUGCAACGACCCUCAAGUCAGCAAUUGCCUACUAGCAACUCGGCCCAAAAUCUGCGACCCGGAAGCGCACAACGUACCAUGAGUAUGCUUGAACCUGGUGGCAUGCCUUGGUUGCAGCAACAAAAUGGUCAAGGAUUCGUACCAUCGGCACACGCUCAAGGCAACGGUUAUGCUCCAUCAAUAGCGCCAUCCGAACGAAGCAAUGUUGGAUUGCCUGGCCGAUAUAGACCAGUCUCACAGGUUCCUCUUACCGAUGCCAAAUCAAGAACCGCGACCAUGUCUGGAGCAAUCGGUGGUUGGGACAGCAAGCAUGCCUCGACAAUCAAGACUGUUCAGAGAGUAGAUAAUGAUGAUGAAGAUGAUGAGGAAGGGUGGGCGGAAAUGAAAAAGAAACGAGAGCAGAAGAAGUCUAUUUGGAAAUCAAAAAAGGAUACUAGCGGUCUCUCGGAAAUGCUUGGUUACACGCAAUAA